AGUCGCGGUGAUAGCUUCCUGUUUUGGAAGGAAAACGUCAGACCUCAGCAGCGGAGGAGCCAUGCCUUUCCUACACGGCUUCAGGAGGAUCAUCUACGAGUAUCAGCCGCUGGUUGAUGCUGUGAUGCGUGUUGUUGGACUGGAGGAAGGAGGUGAUGAAGAUGGAGUCGGUGGGGAGGAGGAGGAGGAGGAGGACAGAGUCAGAAGUCCCGAGGACGAGUCCGGUGGGCGUAGUUCCCUGGUGGAGCUUCUGGAGAGAGAGUCCCAGUCAGAAGUGUUUGUGGAAGGCAUCAGCUACGCUCUGUACAAAGUGGCAGAGAGGGGACUGGGGUACGCAGCUGAAAUCCUGCUGCGCUACGGAGCUUAUCUAAACUUUGAAGACCCAGUGUCGUACUACAAUCCUCUACAUGUAGCAGUUAUGCGGAACAGGCCAAAUAUGGUGAAGCUGCUGGUCAGGCAUGGAGCAGACAUUGAGAAGAGGGACAGGAUCCAUGAGAGCAGUCCAUUGGAUCUGGCCAGUGAGGAGUCGGAGAGACUCCCUUGUCUGCUCACUCUGCUCGACCUGGGCGCCGAUGUGAAUGCAAGCGAUAAAAAUGGAAAAACCCCUCUGCUCCACGCCAUGGCGAGCAGCGAUGGACUCACAGUGAACAACACAGAGAGCAUCCAGCUUCUUCUUCAGAGAGGUGCUGACGCGAAGGCUGUCACUGCACACGGGGAAGCAGUCGAAUCCUUGUUGGUGUUUCUGAUUAAAGAGGCUCUGGACGCCAGCGCGGAGGACGCUGCAGAGAUCGGUAAAUUCUGCCUGAAAACCACACAGCUUUUGCUGACUCAUGGUGUGGACCCCAGCUGCUGCAUGAAUGAGGAUGGUGAUCCCACCCUGACACAGACAAGCCUGGAGCACUUUGACCAUUUCUUCCCCCUGGCUGUGCUCUUGAUGCAGAGCGGAGCUGCUUUGAAGUGCACCUAUCACGGCGACUCCUGUUGGUCAGGCAAGAGCCUCCUUUUCGGGCGGCUCCAGGAAGCCCUGCAGCAGUGCUCUGAUCAAAGUCACGCCUCCGAGCUCCUGGAGCAGGCCGAGGUGUUGCUCGAUCUAGCGAGGGUAAAUGUCCCCAUGCUGAAUCUGCCUUUCAGCUCGGAGCUUCCUGCACCUGGUCAGGACCCUCACCCUUAUGCUCAGGCUCUGGUGGACCUGCAGAGGAGGGUGGUAGAGCAUGACACCAACCCCCCUGCUUUGCGCUGCCUCUGCAGGGCAUUCCUACGGACACACCUGCAGCCCUGGCCACUGGAAGACAGAGUCAAUGCCUUGCCAUUACCGGACAGAAUGAAAGACUUUCUUCUGCCUGAGCGCACAUAUAAACCUAUACCUGGCUGGGACUGCUUUAAACCCCAGUCUUCAUAGCCAACACUGAUGAUACAUGGUACAGGCUGGUUUCUGUUCUACCCAAAAUCUGAAAAUAUAUUAAUAAAAGAACAGCCCAAAAGGAAUUUAACCAGAAUGACACUCAGUAGGCCCAACAGUCUCUUGAUGAAGCCACAUUUGCAUGAACUAGAUCCAGAUUUGUAUUCACAAACUCAUACAAAUCAGUUCUCUAAACAUGCCUAAAUUAUCUAUGAUCAAUAUCUAUGAACUAUUUUAGGGGAAAUCAAUAUCAGAGCCCAUCAGCUAUCAUCUGAUGAUAAAUUAGCCUUUGAAAGCAACAGCCAAUUAUUUGGGGCUUCCAGGGUAAAUUUUAAAUGCUCUUUAUUUAUAUAGAGCUUAUCUUGUCUUGAUGACCACUCAAAGCGCUUUUACACUUUUGCCCUCCACCCAGUCCUUAUCUUAGAAGGUGGAUAUCCGAGCCAAGACUGCAUCUUUUGUUCGCUGUACACUAUGUACUGAGUCAUCAAGGGAAAAAAAUUGGAAAAUCCUCCUAUCCCACAAUUUUAAAGAAAGUGGAAAUCUAAUUCCUGGGUCCGCCCCCAGAUCAGCAUUAAAAGUUUUGACCUUAUCCUGCUAACACACAAACAAACAGAUGAAAACAUAACAAUACCUGGGCUCAGGUCCAAAACAUUUAAGCUAUUCCUUAGAAACCAUUGAGGCCUUUGUUGAAUUAUCAUUGUGUGUUGUCUUUGCCAAAUUUAGAGGCAAAACAUUUGUAUGUUUCCUUAAUAUCAAAGUUCUGUAUGUUUAAGCUGGCGUUUGAGCUGUUGCUAAGUUGUUUACGUUGAACUGCCAAGUGAACAAACUGAAAGUGUGGAGGAAGUUGCAGUUCAGGAUAAAUUCCACAGGAUGGCACUGUUGCUCCUGCAGCCGGGAAGUAGCCCAGCUAGCAGGGUCAGAGAUUUAGUUAUUCUCAGUGCAGCCUAUUAAAGUUGUUCUAGCGCAGUAGAGUCCAUCUAUAUUUUAUCUCCUCAACUGGAUGGUGAUGUGUUGUGGAACUUGUGUGUCAUCUCGCUCCUUAUGAAGACGGACCAAUAAAACAGCAGCGUGCUUCA